GUUCCGCCCCCUUCCGGGGUCGGGGGCAAGAGGGUGGCAGCUCCCCCCAUUCGGCAGUCCCUCCCGCCCGCAGACUCCAGGCGCCGGCCUCGCGCUGACCUGCUCGCUCCCCUCCCCCCUGCCGGGGCUCCUGGUGCUACACGUGGGGAGCUCCCGGCUCCCCCGGGGCUUACCCACCUGCUCCUCCUUCCACUCUGUCCCUGUGGGUCGCCUUCGGGGACCCCGAGGGGCCUGCUUUCAUCCCCCGGGCUCGAGGCCGCCUGACGGAGGCUUCCCCAGCUUCAGGCUGCGGGGUGGGAUCAAGGCCGCGCGGCAAGCUGGCCGAGAGCAUUCGUCCUGCCCAGGCUGAGUCCCCGGGGGCAGCCCCUCGCGCGUGGCCGUCUAGGCAGAUGCCGGCGCCCACGCCGUGCCCACAACAUGCUUUUCUUUCCCUACCCCUUCCCAGCUUGGGAACGCACCCCAAAGGGAACCAGCCUGGACCGCAUUGGGGCGAACACCGAGGGGCAGGAGCGAAGGUCCACCUGUGACCCGCCCGGGACCGUUGUCCCCCGAGAGGCCUCGAAGGGAGCAAAGAGAAAGGAGCGGCGGCCCGGGGGGUCCUGCUUGGGCCGUGGGGGCUACUCUCGACACGUCUAGUGGGAAACACGUUGCAUUAAAAAACCGAAGGAAAAGAGAAGGUGGGGCCAAGCGUCCAGGCUCCCCGGAGGGAGCUCAAUGAACAGGCUAGAGGGCCUGAGAUCUCCCAGGAGGGCAAGGUGGGAAAGAAGUGCGGCCCACAGAAGCUAGCACGCGGGACGACCCGGAGCGGUUUAAAACGAAGACACAGCGGCGCAGCCGGCAGCCCGAAACUGAGGCUGCUUCCACUGCCUGGCGGGGCGGGCCGGGGCGGGGCCGGGCCGGAGAAACUGACACCUGCCGGGCCCGCGCAAGAAGGGAGGUUCUGCGCAGGCGUGCUGAAGGGCGGCCCCCGCGGACAGACGGAACUCGCUCUCCACCGAGUCCAGUUUCCGGCAGGUCCCUUCCGGCAGCCGGCGUCGCCAUGGCGCUACCGGUAGCGGUGCCGCUCGCCAUUUCGGCCGGCCUCGGGUUGUUGCUGCUCUGGGCCUGGGCCUGGGCCUGGGGCUGCUCGGGGCGGACUCAGGGCUUGGACGAGCAAGUGGGGCGGGAGGGGUCCGGGAGCAGGGUCCUGCUGUUGACCGCGCACCCGGACGACGAGGCCAUGUUCUUUGCCCCCACGCUCUUGGGCCUGACCCGGCUGAGGUACCGGGUCUCCCUGCUCUGCUUCUCCGCAGGCAAUUACUACAAUCAAGGGACGAUUCGUAAGAGAGAACUCUUGCAGAGCUGUGAUGUUUUGGGGAUUCCACCCUCCAGUGUAACAAUUAUUGAUCACAGCCAUCUCCCGGACGACCCGAAUGUUCAGUGGAACACAGAGCUCUUGGCUACCCUUCUCUUGAGGCACAUCAAGGCUAACCACAUUGACCUGGUGGUGACCUUCGACACUGGCGGGGUGAGCGGUCACGCCAACCACAUCGCCCUUUACUCCGCAAUAAGGUUCCUGCGCUCCACGGGAAAGCUGCCCAGAGAGUGUUCGGUCCUUACCUUGGAGUCUGUGAAUAUCCUGCGGAAAUACCUGUCCGUCUUGGAUCUGCCCUUCACCUGGCUACAAACCCAGGAUGUCCUCUUCGUGUUAACCAAGAAGGAAGCUGAGCAAGCCAAAAAGGCCAUGCUCUGUCACAAGAGUCAGCUCCUCUGGUUCCGACAUCUCUACAUCAUCUUCUCCCGCUUCAUGGUCAUCAACUCGCUCAACUUCCUCUAACACAGCAGAGAGUCUGAGCAUCCCAAGCAGACAGGGCUCUCUCCAGCCCUGGACCCGGGGCCGGAGGCUGCUCUACAGCUGUUCCGUCUCCUAAGGUAGAAGGAGGGCGCCGGGAACCCACAGCAGAGCUCAUCUCCAGUGGGUUGUCAUGGGCAAUAAGCGUCUGCCCUUCUCCACCCAGCCUGGGACUGACUGUACCAAAGAACCGGAUCUGCAGGAAACUGAUGGAUCUGAGCCCUCCAGCUCAGUGGUUUUCUGUGAUCCGUGUGGCCUGAUAACAUGGGAGGGAAAGGGCAGGGGGCCCAUCAAGCGAGGGACAGAGAGCUAGCUUCUUUCCUUUCACCAUUAAAGCUUUGAUAUUUUCA